AUGCCGGCUUUUGUGCCUUCCGCAGCACCCCGCAGUGCUCCCAAUGCAGCAGCGGCAUCUGCUGCAGCGGGCAUGCUGCCGUUGCUUGUGGUGCAGCCAGCCCUGGCCGAGGACUACAUGAUGCCUCCCAGCUGGCCAUUCCUGCUGAUCUUCGUUGUUCUGGCAAGCGCCUUGCUGGUGGUGGGCAACUUCAUCUUCCCCGGGGAGAGGAAGGCUUGA